AUGAACCGGGCGUCGACCUCGGUCUCGAUCACGGACCCCUUUGUCAAAUACACUUCCCUGAUCGCCACAGGCGUCUACAGCCCAGAUGCGGCCCAGUACCGCCUCGCUCACCACCUUCAGAAGGUGUACCUGAGACUGAAAGACUACACUCCUUCGCACCAAUACCGGAGCAGGUUACAGCAGAUAGCCAAGGCUGUGGGGACGCCUCAGGAGAGCGACGGGACAGAGCUCGCUUCUCCGACGCACCCUAUCCGCCGCAAUCCGCUGUUUGCUCCUUUCUUUCAAAAGCCGGAUGGAAGAAGGGACAGUUUGGCCUUGAUAAGGGUCUUGACGAGUCAUCAGGCCGCCCUCCAAGUCGAUGCUCCGAGAGGACUGUUUCUUUCAGGGGAAGUGGGCACAGGCAAGUCGAUGCUCCUCGACCUCCUGGCCGAUGGUCUGCCGACCCGCCACAAGAAGAGGUGGCAUUAUAACACUUUCAUGCUCCAUGUUUUCUCUAGGUUGGAAGAGUUCCGAAAAUCUCGUCCCAGUCUCUCGGCAGAGAGCCCCGAAUAUUCCCUACUAUGGUUGGCCGAAGAGCUGGUCAAGACAUCUCCUAUCCUUUUCCUCGACGAAUUCCAACUCCCGGAUAGGGCGGCGAGCAAGAUCAUGAGUAACUUCUUCGUUGUAUUCUUCCAGCUCGGAGGGGUCCUGAUUGCAUCGUCAAAUAGGAUGCCUGAAGAGCUCGAGAAGGCAAUAGGCGGUUCCUACUCACCACCUGCCACUGGUGGCUUGGUCGAGAGAGUGCUCCGUCUUGGCAAGAGCCGGUUUGGUGGUGAGCUGUUUGGCCAAACCAGUGAUUUUGCCGCCUUCCUAGAAGUUCUCAAGGCCCGGUGUGACUUCUGGCACAUGGAGAGCACCCAGGACUGGCGAAGGACGGAGAACCGCAAGGCCAUGUUGACCGAGGCAGCUUCUUCCGCCGAUCCAGUCGCAGGAGCGUAUCCCCAAGUGGAGAACGAUCGUCUUGCAGCGCGAGACGGGGCCAAAGGGGUCGAGGAGGAACACGAGCGAGGUCCUCAAAUGCCGGCCAUGUAUUUCUUGUCGGCCAAUGGCGAACACCUAAUGGCCGAUGCACCGCGGCGUAUUGCCGAUUCCUCUCAGAGCAACGCUGGUAUUCGAGAUAGGGGUUGGGAACCGGCUACGUUGAUAGUAUAUGGGAGGAAGCUAGUUGUCCCUCGACAACGUGAUGGUAUCUCGUCUUGGAAGCUUGCAGAGCUAGUCAGCUCUUUGGGACCCGCCGACUUUGUCACCCUGGCAUCAAACUACCAUACUUUCAUUAUCGACGAGGUUCCUGUACUCACCAUUUCCAUGAAGAACGAGGCCCGGCGCUUCAUCACCCUGCUGGACGCGCUGUACGAAUCACGGUGCAAACUGGUCAUUCGCGCAGAGGCUGGUCCUGACGACUUAUUCUUCCCGGAGAUGCGAACUCGAUUGGUGGCACCCGAUACGGCUCAGCAAACGGCAGCUGACCAAGACGAGGGUGCCGACGCAACGUAUUCUGAGACGAUUGCUGAAGUCUACCAGGACCAGGUAUCGCCCUUCCGCCCCAAUGUCUCCGCGUACACAGAGUCGACGAGCUCAAAAUACGACCCGGACCAAGAUUCCGACUUUGGGAAGGAGCAGGAGAGGAAGGUCGAUUUUAACAGAGCCAGCGCUUUUACCGGGGAGGACGAGCGAUUCGCGUACAAGCGAGCGACGAGUCGGCUGUGGGAGCUUUGCAGUGCGCAGUGGCAUGCGCGGACGGGAGAUUGGUGGCAGCCCCUACCGAAGGAAGCCAGGCAUUGGGAAGGUACGGAGCCGGCUGCACCGCACUCUACCCGAUUAUCGAGAGCCCUCCGGAGUGAGAUCACUAUGGGGGAGUCGGUGGAGCUUGAGGAGCCUGCGGGCUUAGAAAGAAUCAGGGUUCUCGAGUUGAAAGGAGGCGAGCAGUAG